UAAUCAUCAAUGUCACAUUGAUCUGUUUACAUUUUCACUACACACUCACAACAAAAUUGACGAAAGUAUGUUUUAAAAAAUGAGCAAUAAUAAUGUAAAUAAAAAUUAUAAACGUCCAAAACAGAAAACACAAUCAACUACUAAUCCGGAUCGCCCAAAACAGACAAAUAGAACCUUGGAGAAAGAUAAAGCAGAACCGUUAUGUCCAUUGGCAGCGAAGGACUCUGAAUGGGUAGACAUUUUGCAGUCACCGGGUUCCGACCCUGCUAAGUCGUCCACCAACGUAUCUGAUGAAGAGGAAGUACUACAACUCGUAGAUUGUGAAGAUGGCCCUCAAAUGAAACCGCUGGCUAUUAUGUUCCCUGGUUUACUAGAAAAAGAUCCUAACACAUUACAAGGGAUGCUUAACAAGGCCAUGUCAACCACAGAAGUGACGAAGCAUUUGGUAGAUCUAGGUCAAAAAGCCAACUUUACUUUUAUGAAAAAGGCAGAUCGAUUGAUACCACCAGAUAAGGUAUGGUUGGAAAGUCUUACAGAAAAUAGUAAUUCAUUUACAUCAAUGACAUCGGCUUUAUUUAGUGGCAGUCUUUCAAGCGAUUAUGAUGCUGACAACGAGGUCGUAAUAUGUAACCAUAGUAGGAUAAAAAGAAACGAGAAACAGAACAGCACAACAAACAUACAAAGGACAAACAUAAGUUCGGACGAUAUAUUAACAGUUAUAAAACAAAUAGUGGCAGAAAUCAUCCAGGGAGAAGACUUUUGAUAAAUAGAAAAAGGUGGCGAAAAAUAAUGAAUAUGUAACUUUCGUCAAAUAAAUUCAAUACCUAAUAAAGAGUUUUUAUUUUUAAAGUAAUAAUGGAUUCCUUAAAAAGUAGGUACUAGCCAGGGUACUGUUUUAAGAAUUCAAGUAGGUAUACCUAAAAUACCUGCACAUUGUAGGUACAGACGACAGCUGUAGGUAGGUACGUCAAGUUAAACACUGUGGUAUAAACGUGCUGUCGACUUUCUCUAGAUUGUGUGCACACCACAAAGCUAGCUAGGUAUGUAAAACGAAUAUUCGUUUAAAUUCGCUGGCCUGUAAUUGUAAGCAUAUGUAGACGUUUUACUAUUUUAUCUUUAUCUCAUUGUAUUCCUUGGCUGAU